GCCCCCAGUCGGGGCCAGGCCAGGCCAGCUCCCCUGGCAGCAGAGCCGGGGCAGGUGACGGGCGGGCGUCGCAGCUGAGGGAGCGAGGAGACGCCUGGGAACCGGAGCUGGAAGCCUAAAGAGGUCCAGUCAGAGCCCAAGAGCCCGAGCCACCCCUCCCGCUGCCCGCCAUGGGGGAGAUGGAGCAGCUGCGGCAGGAAGCAGAGCAGCUCAAGAAGCAGAUUGCAGAUGCCAGGAAGGCCUGUGCUGACACUACUCUGGCAGAGCUGGUGUCUGGCCUAGAGGUCGUGGGACGAGUGCAGAUGCGGACGCGGCGGACGCUAAGGGGACACCUGGCCAAGAUCUAUGCCAUGCACUGGGCCACCGACUCCAAGCUGCUGGUAAGUGCCUCGCAAGACGGGAAGCUGAUUGUGUGGGACACCUACACCACCAACAAGGUGCACGCCAUCCCGCUGCGCUCCUCCUGGGUCAUGACCUGUGCCUACGCCCCGUCGGGGAACUUCGUGGCAUGUGGGGGGCUGGACAACAUGUGCUCCAUCUACAGCCUCAAAUCCCGGGAGGGCAAUGUCAAGGUCAGCCGGGAGCUCUCUGCUCACACAGGUUAUCUCUCCUGCUGCCGCUUCCUGGACGACAACAACAUUGUGACCAGCUCCGGGGACACCACGUGUGCUCUGUGGGACAUCGAGACCGGGCAGCAGAAGACUGUGUUUGUGGGACACACGGGGGACUGCAUGAGCCUGGCCGUGUCCCCUGACUUCAAACUCUUCAUUUCGGGGGCCUGUGAUGCCAGCGCCAAGCUCUGGGACGUGCGGGAGGGGACCUGCCGGCAGACGUUCACGGGCCACGAGUCGGACAUCAAUGCUAUCUGCUUCUUCCCCAAUGGAGAGGCCAUCUGCACGGGCUCGGACGACGCCUCCUGCCGCCUGUUUGACCUGCGGGCGGACCAGGAGCUGACCACCUACUCCCACGAGAGCAUCGUCUGUGGCAUCACAUCCGUGGCCUUCUCCCUCAGCGGCCGCCUGCUCUUUGCGGGCUACGACGACUUCAAUUGCAAUGUCUGGGACUCCAUGAAGUGCGAGCGAGUGGGCAUCCUCUCUGGCCACGACAACAGGGUCAGCUGCCUGGGGGUCACAGCUGAUGGGAUGGCUGUGGCCACUGGUUCCUGGGACAGCUUCCUCAAAAUCUGGAACUGAGGAGGCUGGAGGACAGGGGGUAAAAGGCCACGAAGACACUCGGCUGCCCUCUCCCCUGCCCGAUUUCUUUAAGAUUUUCUCUUCUACCCUGCAGCCGCCCUUCCUGCCCAGCUUUCCCCUUUGAGGGCGUGGGGAGUAUGGGGAGAGUGCCUUUGGGAGGCAACACCAGGGACAUGAGUGGGGAACUGCCCCAUCUCCUCCCAUGGCCUCCCCUUCUCCAUGGUCCUGACAGCUUCUCCACCCUUGGCAGGCCUAGCAGGCUUCCCACUGAGGCCACAGGCCCUAGGAUUCCCCCACCCCCAGAGCCACCACCUUUGUCUAGACCCGAGUGGCGCAGGGCCCUCAGCUCUGGCACUACUAGGGUCCUGGCCCCCUUCUCCUUCGUACUUCCUCCUUUGUCUACCUUCUUGCCUCUCCUAAAGCACUGGCAAUAAAGUAGUGCCCUGGUAUGUCUGUGA